AUGUUUGCCGCGUUGCAUUGUCAUUGCAUGUCAUUGAUUCCUUCUAUUUUCAAAAAACGCGAAUAUGAUCUCCAACAACUGUAUGAACAAAUGGCUAUUUGUCAAACAGAAUCAGAUGAAAAAGUGAAGCAAGCAAUAGAACAGUUUAAACAAGCUAAUAUGAAGUCAAAUGAAUGUGAACGUGAACGUUUAGAUUUACGAAAACAUUUACAAGAGUUACAAGAUGAAAAUGAAUUAUUAAAAUCAUACAUAAAUUAUUUGUCAGGAAGCAAACAAAAUGUAAAUCAGACAAUUGAAAAAUUAUUAACUGUAGUUGAUUUUACUACACAAAUCAUUAACAAUCAAAAUCCUGAUGUUUUAAUGCUUCGUUUAUCCUCAACUAAAACAGAAGGUACUGUAAACAAAUUAGAUGAAAAACUCGAUUUUAUCGUUGAUAAACUAUUAUCGAUUCGAAGUGAAUUAAUAUCAAAACAAUUUAAUAUUGCUGAUAAUUGA